AUGGGUGUCUCUUGCGAAGACAUCCAAAAUGAUGCAUAUGACCUGUUAAAAUAUACUGGAAAUAAUUCUAACCAAAAUUUAACUGCUACUACGGAUGUGGACAUCGCAGAAAAACAUUUUGAAUGUGAAAUAUGCUCCAAACAAUUAACAACAAGGCGUUCUUUAAAAGUUCACAUGAGAAUACACACUGGAGAAAAACCCUUUACAUGUGAAAUUUGUACCAAACAAUUUUCAUCCAAGAAAUAUUUAACUGGGCAUAGGAGAGUGCAUACUGGUGAAAAACCCUUUAUAUGCCAAGUUUGCUCCAAACAGUUUUCAUCAAACGCAAAUUUGACUGUACACAUGAUAGUGCAUACUGGUGAAAAACUAUUUGAAUGUGAAAUAUGCUCCAAGCAAUUAACAACAAGCUAUUCUUUAAAAAUACACAUGAGAGUACACAGUGGGGAAAAACCCUUUACAUGUGAAAUUUGUACCAAACAAUAUUCAUCAAAGAAAUAUUUAACUAGGCAUAGGAGAGUGCAUACUGGUGAAAAACCCUUUAUAUGCCAAGUUUGCUCCAAACAGUUUUCAACAAACAGAAAUUUAACUCUACACAUGAUAGUGCAUACUGGUGAAAAACGUUUCACAUGUCAAAUAUGCACCAAACAGUUUUCAACAAAAACACAUUUAACUAGACAUAUGAGAGUGCAUACUGGUGAAAAGCCUUUUGCAUGUGAAAUAUGUAACAAACAGUUUUCAGAAAGUUGCAAUUUAAAAUCACAUAUGGUAGUACACAGCGGUGAAAAUGCUUUUUCCUGUGACAUUUGUGCUAAACAGUAUUCACAAAGUUCUUUACAAUCACAUAUGAGUGUGCAUACUGGCGAAAAACCUUUCACAUGCCAAAUAUGCAACAAACAAUUUUCACAAAGAUCUAGUUUAAAAUAUCAUAUGAGAGUGCAUACUGGUGAAGAACCAUUUUAA